AAUUGUGAGAGUUCUCGUUGGAAGGGUUUAUUUUUAUUUGUGUGGUGUGACCACUCAUUCGGCAUACAUAAUUGCAAUAUUUUGCCUUCAUUGUUAUUUAUAAAUUCCUUGGUGUAUAAAUAUUAUUUGUAUGUUCAAGAAGUAGAUAGAGCUCAGACAAAGAAGAGAUCAUGACAAAUGCAUUGCUGCUACUAUCAUACUGCUAACUUGCUGCUAACUUGGCGACACAAAGGAAUAAUCAUGAGUGAGGGAGCUGAGAAAAUGGACGAGGACCCGCAGUACGGCGGCUGCGAGGGCCCGGACGCCACCUACGUCAAACUGCGCUCCUCCGACAAUCACGAGUUCAUCGUGAAGCGCGAGCACGCGCUCACCUCGGGCACUAUCAGGAACAUGCUCAGUGGACCCGGGCAGUUCAAAGAGAACGAAACCAACGAGGUCACCUUCAAGGAGAUCCCGUCGCACGUGCUUCAGAUGGUCUGCAUGUACUUCACGUACAAGGUACGUUACACCAACAGCUCCACAGAGAUCCCCGACUUCCAGAUCGACCCCAAGGUAGCGCUGGAGUUGCUGAUGGCGGCCAACUUCCUCUACUGCUAGGUCCGGCGCGUGUGGGCGUACUUACCUCGGGGGCGCGACUUCGGGACGCCGGGGAGUGGGGACAGCCGUCCACGGGGUCCCACUGGGGGAGGGAUAUUCCCGGGCCGGUGAGCCGCACCUGUCGGCUCCGAGGAGCCCGGAGAGCCGGUGGGUGUCCGGCCGUGACAGGUCUGCUGAAUCGUGUGAUGCGAUGCGUGAUUGGCUAUAUAGAUGGUGCCGUGAACGAGUCCGCGCUAGGUCGUGUUUGAGAUGCCCGUGUAGAGAAGUAGUUGGUUGUGUUUAUAGCUCGUUGAUAAAACACGUGCACAGUUGAGGACUCCGUGGUGUUUGUCCUCAAUGUCUGGGUUUCUUGGUUGUAGUGGUCGUGUUUAUGGUACUUCAUAUUUUGAUGCAUAGGUCGCGCUCUGACUUUCCAUAUUUGGUGACUCGUGGUCUUGUCCGCAAAAUUCUGGCGCUGAUCAUUUCUUCUUGGCAUUAGCCUUACAACCAAUACGCUUUCAUAGGACCUCGAACGUAGGAACGAGUGUUUAGGUGUUCGGCGCGUUUCACACGAUAUGCCAACUGCACGCCGAAUGCUUAUUUACCUAACUGAAAAUAAAGUAAUAUCGUUUGA